CACGAGUAUACGAAGAAAUGCGGGGAAGUGAAGGACGAUGUGCUCAGGGCAAUGGCGAAGCUGCUGGAACUUGACGAUGAUGAUUACUUUGGGGAACACUUUGGGGAGAAGCCUCUCACUGACGUGAGAUACAGCUACUACCCGGUGUGCCCGAGGCCAGAGCUCGUGUUUGGCCUCAAGCCCCACUCCGAUGCAACUGUUGUUACAGUCCUUAUGGUCGAUGACAGAGUGGGUGGCCUACAAGUUCUCAAAGAUGGGGUCUGGUGGGAUGUACCGAUCGUACCUCACACGCUACUCAUGAUUAUAGGAGAUCAAGCUGAGAUAAUGAGCAAUGGGAUCUUUAAGAGCCCUGUGCACAGGGUCGUGACAAACACAAAGAAAGAGAGGCUAUCGGUGGCACUAUACUACUAUGUUGAUCCUGAGAGAGAAAUCGAGCCAUCGGCUCAGUUGGUCAAUGAGAAGAGGCCGGCGUUGUACUCAAAAGUGAAUGUUAAGGACUACUUUGCCAGAAGUUACAACGCUUUUACUGAAGGGAAAAUGGUUAUCGAUACAGUGAAGAUCUAACUAAGCAUGCUAUCAUUGCUUUCAUUCAAUAAAAUGUUGUCAUUCUGCAACAAAUGUUUGUAUCAUGUAUGUAUUCAUGUAUCGUUACACCCCUGAGUGUAUUCACUUCCUUUGUUCAAUAACACAUGUUC